GGCAGCACUAAUCAGUUUAUAAACACAUGAUCAAUUCGGAUCGGGUUUUUUUCCGAAAUUAUCAUUUUAUUUGGCGAUAAACAAUGGUACGAUAUAUGGGCGAUUUCGCCAAACAAAUACCAUUAAAACAUGUGUCUAAAUAUGCUCUUCGAAUGAUGAAAUUACGAUCGAAAUUGUUUAAUGAAUAUAUUCGGACACCGAUGCCAUAUGAAAUAUCACGUGCCGUUUUAGUCGAUCCUCGUCAACGACAGGCAUGGGAUUCUCAUCAUUUUCAAAAUGAACAAAUGGUUAAUCGAUUCUCUCAAUUACCCAGUGAUUUGGAUCAUAUUAGAUCUAUACGAUAUUAUCCCGCUCAUCCACAAAUUGGAGAUUUAAUGUCAUUGCUAAGACAACAUGGUCUAUAUCGUGACGAACAUAAGGAUAUUAAAGAAGAAAUGAGUCGUUUACGAGCAUUAAGGGGUAAACCGGAUAAAAUAUGGGGCAAGAAAAAAUCUCAAACUCAAUCCGAUGGUGAUGAAGAUUGAUUUACAUUUUCAUUCAAUAGAUGGUGUCUUCCGUUUCAUUGUAUUUAAAUUAUUAUUCUUUAUUUUGUCGUUUUAGAAUGUUUCA